CUUCAAGUCAAGAACAUAGAGAAUCUGAUGCAGAGCAAAAACACAGAAAAAGGGCAACUGAAACAGCUGAACAAUGCCAACUUCGCCAGCAAGCUGAUGCAAGUGCCCACCGUCAGCUACGAACUAACAGAGCCGAAGAAAGAUACUUGCACCAAAAUCAGCACGAUGCUAUUACUCACCUUUCCAACACUAAUUGUACUUAUUGUAAUGCCUUAAAACUGCUCACAGAAAGCCCUGGAAUGUGUUGCUCAAAUGGGAAGGUGGUGUUAGCUGAACUUAAUAUACCACCACUUUUGAAUCAUCUUUUUUCCACUGUAAUUAUUCGAGCUAAUAUUCCUGGACUUGACUUAAGAACAUAUAACGCAUCGACUGCUUCACAGGUAGCAGCAGUUUGGAUUGAUGAUGAAGUGCCUUCUAAUGUAAUUCAAAAACGUGAUAUUGUAUUGCAUAUAAAUAUGGACCAAUUGAUUCACAUUUCUGAAUUUAAUAGAUACUAUGACCCUCUGGCAUAUCCAAUUUUGUUUCUUUAUGGUGAACAAGGCUGGUCUCCUUGUCAAAUCCCAUAUAGAGGCGUUUCUUUAAUACCUGAUGACAACAAUAUUGAAAAUUCUGAUCUUGAUGAUGAAAUUAAUGAAGUUUCGAAUGAUGAUAAUAAUGACAAUUCAGAGCCAGAAACUAACCAAACUAGAAACAAUGAAAAUUCCAGCGUAAAGAAGCGUAGAAAAUUCGUGAGCACAAUGGAAUUUUACGCGUAUAAAAUUCAAAUUCGACCUCAGUCUACCAAUCUGCUCAUACAAUCGGGAAGGCUUUUCCAACAAUUCAUAGUUGACAUGUAUGUUAAAAUUGAGGCGAAUCGCUUAAAUUUUUAUCAGCAAAAUCAGAAUAAAAUUAGAUGCGAUUUAUAUAAAGGUCUUCAAGAUGCAGUUUUGCAUAAAAAACUGAAUGAAUUAAAAAAAGAUCUUCUUGAACAAAGUGUAUUUAGUAAAUUUCGGAUGCCAAGUCAACUACAAGCUCUUUUUGUAACGCUUUUGAUUUUCGGUGACAUUGCUGAUGUGCGCCAAUUGUGGAAUGAAAACUUUGAUGCGAUGUCAGAAGAUUUUAUGCAUAGAGGUAUUCCAAAUGGUCAACCCUUGAUUCAGACAACACUCCAAAGCUUGAACAUAUUAUUGCAAAAGCAUUCAAAAACUGUUACUGAAUUUGAUUUAUCGGAUUUGCUUUAUGAGAUCAUUGAAACUGAAUUGUCUACUGUACUUAUUGAAGAGCUUUCUUAUAACUUUACUAUAGCUGACCUUAAUAAAGCAAACAUAUUAAAUGAGGCACAACGUACUAUAUUCGACGAAACACUUAGUCUUAUAGAGCAUCGCAAAAGUGGU